ACAGAGCUUGCAUCCGAUAUUAGUUUCGCUUCUCACUGACAGCCGAGGCAUAAGAAUCCGCUGCGGGUCCGGUAGAGCCGCUGUAACAAAAUGUUUUCAUGGGGGGAGAACUGUCAGCGGGGGUUUUGUUUAAAAGGUGGCUCAAAUAUCGACAGUACAACAGAGGAUGGCAUUCAUUAUUUAAACGUCAGUUAUCAGAUCAGGGAUCUGUCAGCAGGUUACAGCGUGCUCGCCUUCGUCAAAAGCAAAGGAGAAGCAUUCAUCGUUCGCACAAAUGAGAGCAAAGACGGGAGAAGAGUCAGAGGAAAACCGAAGUUUGUGAAGUGUAAAGAGAAGAUUCAGGCUGUGAGUUGUGGUGAUGAUGUGGCCACACUCCUGUCUGAGAGAGGUACUCUUUUCUGCAUGGACACAACUCAUCCUUCUUUCACUUCAAGGCCACUGGAAGCUUUGUGUAACAUACCAGUUUCUCAGGUUGCUUGUGGGAGCCAGCAUUCAGUUGCCUUGACCAAAGAUGGUCAGGUAUACACAUGGGGUAAGGAUUCCAGAGGCCAGCUGGGUCUGGGAAAGAGGAAGGCUUGCGCAAUGUCACCCCAACACCUCCGAUCUCUGUCAGUAAUCCCCCUGGUUCAGAUUGCUGCAGGGGGAGAGCAGAGCUUCGCCCUCUCUGUCUCUGGAGGUGUAUUUGGCUGGGGAAGAAAUGACUGUGGACAGCUAGGACUGGGAGACACAACAGACAGGAAAACACCAACUCCUGUUCAUUACCUGAAUAUGAAGAAAACUAUUCACAUUUCUUGUGGAACAGACCACACUGCCAUUUUGACAAAGGAUGGUGCAGUAUUCACAUUUGGCUCUGGUCAAUAUGGACAGCUUGGGCACAACUCAUUUUGUUAUGAACUACGUCCUCGGCUUGUUGCAGAACUCUGGGGGGCAAAGGUUGCCAAGAUUGCAUGUGGACGGCAUCACACAUUAGUGUUGACAGUCUCCACGAGGGUCUACUCCUUUGGGUGUGAAGAGCAAGGGCAGCUGGGACAUGGAGAGAAGUCUCAUCCAUCUUUACCACUACGUGUUCAGCUGCUAAAGGAAACCAGUGAUGGUCCCAAAAUUAGAAACAUCUAUGCAGGAGGAAACUGUUCUUUUGCAACGUGCAUGUCUAAUGAGGACAUUCACCAAGGGUUUAACACUGACACUAUAAACAAUGUAACACAGCAGUCUAUAGAUUGUAUGAUUGACAGAUGGACAUCUGAAUGUGUUUCAAAAUCAUGGAAAAAGAAAAAACAGGAAAUCCACAGAAUGUUUUCCUCUGCAUCCUGUUUGAAUAAAAGCUUCUUGGACCAAAGCAAAGAUAAACAUUUCCUGACCACACCAAAGUACUCUGGCUUGAACUUGUCACUGGCAAAACUUAAUUUUGAGAAACUGGUGAAGAAUGAUGAUGUUUUGACAGAGGUUGAAACAGCUGUUCUGCAGUUGCUUCCCUCCCUUGAUGAGAGACCAGUCGGAGUGGAGGGGCUGAGGAUCUUCCUGCUUCUCAAUGAGCUUCUGCAUGUGAUCCAGAAACACAAACAGGGACAGAACACAAAACUUGCUGAGGCAGUCGCUACUGCAUUGCUAAGACUGUCUGCUGAAAGCCUCCAGGUCAUAGUGGACUGGUGGUCCUCACUGACACCCUCCACAAUGGUUAAAUAUGUUAAGGUCUGGAAGCAGGCCCUCUCAGUUAUCCUGUCCUUUGGGCCUAUUUCUCGCAACUCUACAGUCAACUCUGGAAUCAAAAGCCUGCUACAAGUCCUCCAACAUAUGUACAAUGCCAAUAACAGGAUUGCAGGACGUCAGAGAGUCCCAGAAAAAACGUAUCGUCUGGGAAUUAACCAAGAAAUUCUUAAAGAGGAUCUACAGCUUUGGCGCUCAACGUCAAAAAACAAGGAUAUGAAUUAUCAGCCACUUAUCCUAUGUAAAUUCCCAUUUCUGAUGGAUCUGAAAUCAAAGAAAAUGGCUUUUGACAUCAAUGCUGCAUGCACUCAGAGAGAACACCAGAUAAAUUUCCCUGGACCUUGUGGAUGGCUUCCCAAGCCUGGCUCUGAUUUCUUUGAACUGUCGCUGAAGCGACCAUCUCUUUUGGAAGACACCUUCAAACAGCUGGCUGCUGCUCAUCACAGUGCCUUCAAGAAGCCAAUUGUGGUCUAUUUUGAUGAGGACCCAAAUGUCACAGAUGUCUACAAAAGAGACUUUUUUCACCACUUGUUUCAUGAUAUAGUGUCAACUAAAUCUGACAUGUUCAUGUUCAAUGACUCCAAAACGCUGGCAUGGUUCCCGUCCAAAGCAAAAGAGGAGGACAAGACAAACUUCUUCCUGUUUGGGGUUCUGUGUGGAUUGGCCUUGUACAACCAGAGUAUCAUAUACUUACCGUUCCCACUGGCUCUGUUCAAGAAGCUGCUCGGUGUAAAGCCAACACUGGAGGAUAUGAUGGAGUUCAGCCCAUGUGUUGGAAAGAGUCUGCUGUAUGCUUUGGACUAUAAAGGUGACCUAGAAGAUCUGGAUAUGUGUUUCAUGAUCAACUGGGAUGAGACAGAGGUUGACCUUGAUCCGCAAAAUCCUGGAAAGCCACUGACAAGUCAAAAUAGGAAGGAGUUUGUGGACGCCUACGUGACUCAUGUCUUCAAUACAUCAGUGGAGAGUGUGUUUCAGGAGUUCAAGAGAGGUUUCUUCCUGGUGUGUGACUUGGAUUUGGUGAAGCUGUUUCGGCCAGAGGAGCUGCAGGGAGUGCUAGUGGGCAAUGAUGUCUAUGACUGGGCAAAGCUGAAACAGAACACAGUUUAUAAUUGGCAGUACUACAUCGAUCAUCCCACCAUACAGAUGUUUUGGGAGGUGUUUGAUGAACUAACUGAAGAACAAAAGAAAGAUUUCCUUUUGUUCCUGACUGGUUUUAGGAGGGUUCCGAUUCUUGGCAUGUACCAGAUCCAGAUGAAGGUUCGAGUCAAGAUAAUCCAGAGUGGGUCCUAUGAUCAGCACUUCCCCGAGUCUUUGACAUGUCACUCUAUUCUGGAGCUGCCCUUGUAUUCAACAAAGGACAUCAUGCGAGACAGACUGACAGAGGCCCUGAUACCAGACAGAGGAUUUUUGAUGUGAUGAUGGAUCAACAGCUGCUGGACAGGAGCAUGUACUGUACCUGUGCAGGGAAAGGAUGGGCUUCAGUUUUAUUAUAGUAUCACCUUUCUUGUGCUACUUGAGGAUGAAAACAAAAUAACUGUACCGAAUGCGCAUGACUUGACAUUGUAAAAGUGCACUUAAAAAGGGCGACCAAAGAGCAGCAUUUUCAGUCAUCGCCCCUUAACUGCUCUAUUGUGUAACAGCAUAUCUGAAGGCACUUUGAAAUUCAAAAAAUAAUUUGAUCUAAUGUAACUGACCAUUAAAGUUAUUUAUGCAUAUAUCAUGAGUUUUAUAUAUUCUCAGGAAAAAAGUCUAAUUUUGUUGAAAUUUGAGUUG